AGACACCUUACAAACCACAUUUCCUCAAUCCAGUCGCCUGUAGCGAUACCAUUCCCUCAAGGUCUCCUUGGAACGGCAGCAGAAGCCGAGCGCGGCUCGUUCGUGGAAAAUGCGUUGAUCUCCAGGAGGUCUUUGUAAGCCGACCUUUUGAGAGAACGUCGUGGAUUCACUUUCGCAGACGCUAGUAGUACUAGGAGCGCGUUAAAGCCGCGGCGCGAGCGUGUAUGCAUGUAGACAUGGCAGGGCUGUGCACAUCCGGGCCACAGGACCGUGACUCCAUUAUUUUCUGUUCCCUGUGAAACUGGCGUUGAGGGCAACCAAAAAGCGACUCUAUAACAUAUCCGACUCGUUUUCUGUAGUAAUCAGCCUGGAUAAGGGUCAAGGACAUGUCUAAUCAAGGAGUUAGAAGAAAUGGACCCGUUAAGUUGCGUUUAACAGUUCUGUGCGCAAAGAACCUGGUGAAGAAAGACUUCUUCCGACUGCCAGACCCCUUCGCUAAGGUGGUGGUGGACGGUUCAGGGCAGUGCCACUCGACAGACACAGUGAGGAACACGCUGGACCCCAAAUGGAACCAGCACUAUGACCUGUAUAUCGGGAAGUCGGACUCCAUCACUAUCAGUGUGUGGAACCAUAAAAAGAUCCAUAAGAAACAGGGAGCGGGAUUCCUGGGAUGCGUACGACUCCUCUCCAACUCCAUUAACCGACUCAAGGACACAGGCUUUCAGUCUGUCAGUAAUAAUCACGGUCUUAAGCCUGCGUCUGAGUACUCGAGCCCCGGCCGGCCGCUCAGCUGUUUGGUGGAUGAGAACACGCCCAUCAUGACGCCCAACGGGGCAGCGGGCGUACCUGCGGAUGACCCCCGGGUGCAGGAGCGGAAGGUUCGCUCUCAGAGACACAGAAACUACAUGAGCAGGACUCACCUACACACUCCGCCCGACCUGCCUGAGGGAUACGAGCAAAGGACCACGCAGCAGGGUCAGGUGUACUUCCUGCACACGCAGACGGGCGUCAGCACAUGGCACGACCCCAGAGUGCCCAGGGAUCUCAGUAAUGUGAAUUGUGAGGAGUUGGGCCCAUUGCCUCCAGGCUGGGAGAUAAGAAACACAGCCACCGGACGAGUGUACUUUGUGGACCACAACAACCGGACCACACAAUUCACAGACCCGCGUCUCUCCGCUAACCUGCACCUCGUCCUAAAUCCCAGUCCGAAUGGCUCCCGUGGUGCCGUUGAGGCUCAGAGCAGUCGUCCCGGACAGCUGAAGGAGCAGGCUCAGUCUGUCAUGUCUCCCGGAAAUCUCCCCGAGGACCCUGAAUGUCUCACGGUGCCCAAGUAUAAGCGAGAUCUGGUGCAGAAACUGAAAAUCCUGCGACAGGAGCUGUCCCAGCAGCAGCCGCAGGCGGGACACUGCCGUAUCGAGGUCUCGCGUGAGGAGAUCUUUGAGGAAUCAUACCGGCAGGUGAUGAAGAUGAGGCCGAAGGACCUGUGGAAGAGGUUGAUGGUCAAGUUCAGAGGAGAGGAAGGUCUCGACUAUGGUGGAGUUGCUAGGGAGUGGUUGUACUUGCUGUCGCAUGAGAUGUUAAAUCCAUACUACGGACUGUUCCAGUAUUCACGAGAUGACAUCUACACGCUACAGAUCAACCCGGACUCUGCCGUCAAUCCGGAGCAUUUGUCUUAUUUCCACUUUGUGGGGAGGAUUAUGGGAAUGGCUGUUUUCCACGGGCACUACAUAGACGGAGGCUUCACUCUGCCCUUCUACAAGCAGUUGCUGGGGAAACCCAUCACUCUGGACGACAUGGAGUCAGUGGAUCCAGAUCUCCACAACAGCCUCGUCUGGAUCCUGUCAGUGUGCUUUAUACAUCCAUCUAUAGCACUGUAUUAUAUAAUGUAA